GGCGCGCUCCCGAGGCCCAGGCGCGCCCCCGAGGCCCAUGCGCGCCCCCGCGGCUGGGAGAAGAGGCUGGAGGAAGAUGGAGACUGCAGCAGGAGCAGCAACAGCAGCAGCAACAGCAGCUUAUGGAGCCGGCAAGGCUGGCGGAGCCUUCGACCCCUUCACCUUCAUCAGGCAGCCGCAGACCAUCGUCAGGGCUGUCAGCUGGAUUUUCUCGAUCGUUGUGUUUGGAUCGAUCAUCAACGAGGGGUAUGUGAACCGUCCUAACGAGAUCGAGGAGCACUGCAUCUUCAACCGGAACGCUAGCGCCUGUAACUACGGCAUCACCAUCGGCGCGCUGGCCUUCUUCGGCUGCCUGGCCUUCCUCACCCUCGACGCCUACUUCCCGCAGAUCAGCAGCGUCAAGGACCGCAAGAAAGCCGUCUUGGGGGACAUCGGAUUUUCGGCCUGCUGGUCCUUCCUGUGGUUCGUCAGCUUCUGUUUCCUCACCAACCAGUGGCAGGUGACCAACCUGGCGGAGGACAACCCGCUGAAGGAAGGGGCGGACGCGGCUCGUGCUGCCAUCACCUUCUCCUUCUUCUCAAUCUUCACCUGGGCAGGCCAAGCGUUCCUUGGCUACCAGCGGUACCGCCUGGGAGCCGACUCAGCGCUCUUCUCCCAGGACUACACCGACCCGAACCAGGACACCUCGGUGCCCUAUGCCUCCGGCGACGAGAUGGAACCGCCCGGGUCCUACCAGCAGCCGCUGUCGGGCGGCGCCUACACCAGCGGAGCCGACGGCUACCAGUCGCAGGGCUACUGAGCGGGAGGGGGGCCGAGGCUGCCCCCAACCCCCACCACCCAUCCCCCAGUGGGGCAGCUACACACUUUACUGGGCAACUCUGCAUCCCAGCCCGAGGCGGCUUGUGGCCAUCAGCGUGUCUCAAGUAGACCCAGGCAGGUAGUCCUCAUCUCCUCGUGGAUCAGUCACGGACCUCAGAGAGUCAACAAACCCCUGGGCUCUCGACCGCUUGAUUGUACCUGGUACAACUGAUCAGUGGUGGGUGGGAGACAUAUGACAAUUAUAUUUAUAUGUAUGUAUGUAUAUGUACCCAUACAUAUACCCAUACAUACACAUAUACAUGCAUACAUACAAUUAAACACACAUACAUGUAGACACACGUAUACAUGAGUAGGAACUGCAG